CGCACUUCGCCCGCCGGCCCGGGAUGAAGGCGGCCCAGGCUGCGGGUCCGGAGGCGCCGCCCGGUGGGCUCUCGGUCAAGGUGGUCUUGGUGGGCGACGGGGGCUGCGGGAAGACGUCGUUGAUGAUGGUCUUCGCCGACGGGGCCUUCCCAGAGAGCUACAGCCCCACGGUGUUUGAGCGGUACCAUGUCAGUCUGCAAAUGAAGGGUAAACCUGUGCACCUCCAAAUCUGGGAUACAGCAGGGCAAGAUGACUAUGACCGCCUUCGGCCGCUCUUCUACCCUGAUGCUGGUGUGCUGCUCCUCUGCUUCGAUGUAACCAGUCCAAACAGCUUUGACAACGUCUGUAACCGGUGGUACCCAGAGGUGACACACUUCUGCAAGCGAGUACCCAUUAUCGUCGUGGGCUGCAAGACUGACCUUCGCAAAGACAAGGUGCUGGUGAACAAGCUGCGGAGGAACGGGCUGGAGCCCGUGACCUACCACAUGGGCCAGGAUAUGGCAAGGUCCGUGGGUGCAGUGGCCUACCUUGAGUGCUCAGCGCGGCUCCAGGACAACGUCCAAGCCGUCUUCCAAGAGGCAGCGAAGGUGGCACUCAGCAGUCGUAGGCGCAACUUCUGGAGGCGGAUUACCCGGAAUUUUUGUGUGGUGACCUGACUGACUUGGGACCCAACCUGCCUCCCACUUUCACCAGCUGGAGAAAAACCUAGGAGCUGACCUUCUACUCUGUUGGCUGGGCUGGACCCAGUCUCCAGGCCAGGCUGGGCAAAACCCACAGAUGGGCUCCACAGAGGCUGGCCCUGGGGCCUGGGAACCCUGGACUGAGGAAGGGGGUUCCCAGGUCUCCAGCCCUGGAGCCAUUAAUAGACACCUAGUGCCCUAUGCUGGACAGGCAUCCUGAGGGGGCUGUGCAACCUGGUUUGGUGCCACCUUGUGGCUAUUCCCAGGGGACCUGGAGUUGUUGGGACCAUCCUUUCAGAACCUACACCCUUCCCCUCCCCUUUCCCCCACUCAUCCCAUUGGUAAGUGUAACAACUAAAAUUGACAACACUUGU